CGUGGGGGGGGGGGGGGGCGGCGGCGGCUCCAAGAUGGCCGCGGUGUCGGUGUUCCCCGGCGUGCGGCUCCUCACCAUCGGGGACGCCAACGGCGAGAUCCAGCGGCACCAGGAGCAGCAGGCGCUGCGCCUCGAGGUCCGCACCGGCCCCGACAGCGCCUGCCUGGCGCUCUACAGCCAUGAAGACGUUUGCGUGUUUAAGUGCUCGGUGUCCCGUGAGACGGAGUGCAGCCGCGUGGGCAAGCAGUCCUUCAUCAUCACGCUGGGCUGCAACAGCGUGCUCAUCCAGUUCGCGACGCCAAACGAUUUCUGCUCCUUUUAUAAUAUCCUGAAAAACUGCCGGGGACACAACACGGAGCGCUCGGUGUUCAGCGAGCGGACGGAGGAGUCUUCGGCGGUGCAGUACUUCCAGGUGAGGGGCCCGCGCAGGCCGGGAUCUCCGGGGCCUGCUGCGGCGGCGCCCGGCCGGGCUGAAAUCCGACGGCUGCCGCUGUGUCCUCCCCAGUUCUACGGCUACCUGUCGCAGCAGCAGAACAUGAUGCAGGAUUACGUCCGGACGGGCACGUACCAGCGAGCCAUCCUGCAGAACCACAGCGACUUCAAAGACAAGAUUGUCCUGGACGUCGGCUGUGGCUCCGGCAUCCUGUCCUUCUUCGCGGCGCAGGCUGGGGCGAGGAAGAUCUACGCGGUGGAAGCGAGCACCAUGGCGCAGCACGCGGAGGUGCUGGUGAAGAGCAACAACCUCACAGACCGGAUCAUCGUCAUUCCCGGGAAGGUGGAGGAGGUCUCGCUGCCCGAGCAGGUGGAUAUCAUCAUCUCCGAGCCCAUGGGCUACAUGCUCUUCAACGAGCGGAUGCUGGAGAGCUACCUGCACGCGAAGAAGUACUUAAAGCCCAGCGGGAACAUGUUCCCGACGAUCGGGGACGUCCACUUAGCCCCGUUCACGGACGAGCAGCUCUACAUGGAGCAGUUCACGAAGGCCAAUUUCUGGUACCAGCCGUCCUUCCACGGCGUGGACCUCUCGGCGCUUCGAGGGGCAGCCGUGGACGAGUACUUCAGGCAGCCCGUCGUGGACACCUUCGAUAUCAGGAUUUUAAUGGCGAAGUCGGUCAAAUACACGGUGAACUUCUUAGAAGCCAAAGAAGGCGAUUUGCACAGGAUAGAAAUCCCGUUCAAGUUCCACAUGUUGCAUUCAGGGCUGGUGCACGGCUUGGCGUUCUGGUUCGACGUGGCCUUCAUCGGUUCCAUAAUGACCGUGUGGCUCUCGACGGCCCCCACCGAGCCGCUGACCCACUGGUACCAGGUGCGGUGCCUGUUCCAGUCGCCGCUCUUCGCCAAGGCCGGUGACACUCUCUCAGGGACUUGCCUCCUCAUCGCCAACAAGAGACAGAGCUACGACAUCAGCAUCGUGGCUCAGGUGGACCAGACCGGCUCCAAGUCCAGCAACCUCCUCGACCUGAAAAACCCCUUUUUCAGGUACACGGGCACGACUCCGUCGCCUCCGCCCGGCUCCCACUACACGUCCCCGUCGGAGAACAUGUGGAACACGGGCAGCACCUACAACAUGAGCACGGGGAUGGCCGUGGCCGGGAUGCCCACGGCGUACGACCUCAGCAGUGUUAUUGCCAGCGGCUCCAACGUCAGCCACAACAACCUUAUUCCUUUAGCCCUGUCCCCUCGCUCCGCAGCCAACACCGGCAUCGUGAACCACACUCACUCCAGGAUGGGCUCCAUCAUGAGCACGGGCAUCGUGCAAGGCUCCUCCGGCGGCCAGAGCGGCGGCGGCGCCAGCGCUCACUACCCCAUCAACAGCCAGUUCACCAUGGGCGGCCCCGCCAUCUCCAUGGCCUCGCCCAUGUCCAUCACCACCAACACGAUGCAUUACGGGAGCUAAGGGCUCCCCGCGGAACUGACAGCGCCAGGAAACCAAAUGAAGACGACCCUUCUCCGCCCCUCUCCGGACUGUGGCCCGCCUGGGGCCGCCAGGGAUGUUUUUACCCUUGUACGAUAGACGCAGCCGCCGAGUCCGCGCUCCGCUCUUUGAUAACGGACCUGGACAGGCUUUUUUUUGUUUUUUUUUUGUUUGUUUGUUUUUUAUGAAAUGUCGGAACCUCUGGACCCCGCUAGAGCUGUUCCCCGAGCAAUCACGUAGCUAACGACGCUUAGGUGCCACGUUCCAUAACAGAUGGGGCCGCCCGCCCCGUCUUGCCACGGCCCCGUGCCGCUGGCGUCGGCGGUCCGGGGCAGAUGGAGGCGCCUCCUGCCCCCCGCCGGGGGCCGCAGAGCAGCCCGCGCCCGGCGGGCCCCGCUCACGGGCCGGGUCCCCGCGAGGGCGACGCUGGCGGGGGAAACGCUGAAUGUACCAAAAGCCCCGAGCGCUGGCGACUGCCCCAGCUCCGGCCCGGAGCGGGAUGAGCCCCCGGCGGGCAGCGCGGGGGCAUCUGUUAUGGAAAGCUCCCCGCGUGGCUGCACUAGGAAGCGUAUUUGGUGUCUGUUAGUGUCCAGCACUCAUAGCGUGAACUUUCCUUUCUCUUUUGUUUUCCUUUGGAAGGCCGCGAGCGGCGGUUUUUGGCGAGGGCGCGGCAGGGGCCCCGCUGCGGAGAGCGCCCGUCUCCCCGGGGCAGCUCCCCGCGCCCGGGCGGGCAGCGCCGCCCGGCAGGCUGGCGGCCCAGCCCGCUUCGCCGGGGCCGCGACUUAGGAGUAGCGGAGCUGCUGUUUUUCGGCCGUAGUACUGAAUAAACGGGAGGGUUUCGAA